GAUUCCGUGUGGUGAGUUGGAAGUAAACAGUCCGACUCUGGCGUCUGCUGGAAGUGGGAGGAACUGAGUACAUAGUGUCUUUGGUCCUCGUUUUCUCGCCUCGUUUAUUUCAUCGGCGCUUUGCUGAUUUCCUGCAUCAGGAACGAGUCGGAAACGAUAAUGGAGCGCUCUGUUGUCUUGUGCCUCUUGCUCGCCGCCGUCAUUGCGGCCAAACCUGCAGAUGAAGAAAAGAAGUCCAGAGUACAUACUGACAAGCUGAGUGACGAGGAGCACUACAUGAAUGACGAACACAACUUGGACUACGACCACGAGGCCUUCCUGGGCGAGGACGAGGCCAGGACCUUCGACCAGCUCACACCGGAGGAGAGCAAGGAGAGACUCGGCAAAAUCGUCGACAAGAUUGACCUCAACCAUGACAAUUUCAUCACUGAAGAAGAACUGAAGCAGUGGAUCGACUACACACAGAAACGCUACAUUACAGAUGACGUGAAGAGGCAGUGGAAUGCUAAUAACCCUGAGAAUACGGAAACUCUCCACUGGGCAGAUUACAAGAACAUGGUGUAUGGCUUUAUGGACAACAUGGACCCUGGGGAUUUGGAUGACGAAGAAGAAGGCAUGUCUUAUGCAGAGAUGCUGAAGAGGGACCAGCGCCGGUGGGAGGUUGCAGAUGAGGACAAUGAUAAUGCCCUCAGCCUAGACGAGUUCACCAACUUCUUGCACCCAGAGGAGUCCGAGCGCAUGAGAGCAAUUGUUGUCCAGGAAACAAUGGAAGAUAUUGACAAGGACAAAGAUGGCAAAAUUUCUCUGGAAGAAUAUAUUGGAGACAUGUAUCAUGGAGAUGAUGACGAGUUUGAGCCAUCAUGGGUGAGCAACGAGAGAGAUCAGUUCCGCGAAUUCAGAGACAAGAACAAUGAUGGGUACUUGGAUGAGGAAGAGGUCCAGGGAUGGAUCAUCCCACCAGACUACAAUCAUGCCGAUGCAGAAGCCAAGCACCUCAUUUAUGAAGCAGAUGAUAAUGAUGAUAAAAUGCUUACCAAGGAAGAAAUCUUGAAUAAGUAUGAUGUAUUUGUGGGUUCUCAAGCAACAGACUUUGGUGAAGCUCUUGUCAGACAUGACGAAUUUUAAAAACAGUAGUGUUGAUAAGAACCAGUAGAUACAGUGAUUAAAUGUACAAACUUGGUUACACAAGAGCUUCUUGAAACAUUGCCAACCAAGUUAUAAAGAAAUUUGUUUGGUGAUUUGAGAGGCAAGUAUGUGGACUUCAUUCUUUGCAUACAAGAAUUUGAUUAAUAUUAUGCCAAGAGUUAAAGUCCUUUUUUAAGAGACUUCUGUAUAUUUUGAUGGAUUUCUUCAAUACUAGUGAAGCAGUAUUGAUGGCUGUUAUAGCUGUGAAGUAUUUUCACAGGAGAGAUGACUGUGGUGGAACACGGCUAAUUAAUCUGGUUCCAGCAGUGUAAUUUGUAUGGAGUUUGGACUCUGUAUGCUAUUCAAGCUAGCAUAGCAUUUUCAUUUCUUACUCAAAACAUUAUAUUCUUUUCAAUCAUAUUGAUAUUGCUAAUAACCCUCUAAGGAUGGAUAAUUACAGACAUUCAGCAAGGAUUUAGUGAUACCCUCAGGUACUUAUGACUGGCAUAUAUCCUUACUGAAAAAUCACUAAACAGUUUUAGCCAUAUGGAAGAUCCAUAUUAAUGUACUGGAUAUAGUGAAACAAAUUCCAUUUGUAUCACUAUUUGUCAAAAAUUAACUGAUGUUUCAGAGGGUUAUUAUAUUUGGUAGUGACUGUGAAUCUAUAAAAAUGGAUUAUAAUGUUGCUCCAAGAAAUUUAGAAUAUUUAACCAAUAUAUAUACACCAGUAGUUCUUCAGUAAUUGUAAAGGAACUCCAUCCCACAAAAAAAUAACAACUAAAUUAAUAAAGGGAUUAAAUAUCAUGUCCUGUAAGGGUUCAUCAGAUUUCUUUGUAAUAAUGGCUUUAAUCUUAUUUAUUAGUCAUGGAAUUGUCACAAAUAUUUUUGAAAAGAGGAACAAAUCCAUAUAUUGUUCAAAAUUUAUCAGUUACCAAAUAGCAUGAAAUGUUUCCAUUGUGUACCAAGCAAUUUCAUCAUCAUUUUUGAAAGUCAAAAUAUUUUUUUAGUACUUCAUCAAUAUCUCCUCCCUACCCUUGUUUGUUUGUUUUUUCUUACUUUCUCUAAUAUAAAAUAGAUGUUAUUGUCUUAAUUCCUUGUACUGCUUAAUACUCAUUAUAAAGAAUAUUUGUGAUGACAUCAUUCUGAAUCAACUGUAAUAUUGACAUUUCAUUAAAUAUUUAUUUUCCUUUAAUUUUUCAAACUGAUUUGGGAAACUUGCUUGUGUAGUUGUUCUAACAAUAUAGAUGAUAUUCUUUUGUAAAUCUCAAUACUUGUAUUAUUUUUUAAUAAACAUUUCCAUAGAA